AUGAUUCGAAAGACACUAGCAUUAUGGGAUUCAUCGAUGAUCAUGCAGUGCCUCAAGAAGAAAUUGCGGGCACGAUGUGUGGUGGAUUGCAGUGGAAAAAGGUUUUUUACAAAGCAGGAGUUUCUCACUCUAUGCACGACAAAUCCCUAUGCGCCUAUUAAUGAACGCAUGACUACAGUUGAGGCGGCGCGCUACCUGGAGCAGCUUCAACAGGCGCGGGAGGUGAUAGUAAUGGGUGAAUAUGUGUAUAUUAGACCUUCUGAUGUCGUAAACGCUGUAUAUCACAGGCUACAGCUUCCUACUCUCUCUCGAAGAACCCCUACCUACAUGCAGCAACGCGCCACCCAAGAACUCUUUGCUGUUUCCACCAAAGAUAAAAAUGGUAUAGUAUUUCGUCGUGAUUUUUGGGCGAUUGUGUCCUUACUUAGUGGGGCACAAAUGACACUUUUAGCGUAUCUGACAUUUGUCGUGUACGGUUGGGAUGUCAUGGAGCCUGUUUGUUAUUUUGUGACGACCUUCACGGUGUUGUGCACCUACGCUUACUCUCUUGUAUGGCGAAGAGCUUGCACCUUUCACGCCGUCGAGGAUCAUCUAUUUCCAUCAAAUGUAGCGUCUGAGGGUCACGGCAGCUCCAUCGUCAGACAAAAUUAUUUGGACAGUCCAACAGCCUCUGCGGGCAGAAGUCCUUCGGGGUCUGCCUCCUGGGAUGACGAAGAGCUUGCCGAGUUGCUUGAAAACUUUGAUUUCACCGCUUCUGUUGCCGCUGGGGCUAUAAACGAGACAAAGUGA